UGGCUCUUAGCUGUGCUUUAUCAGUGCACAGCCUCGGGAGUUGGGGCGGGGGGGGGGGGGGGGGGGAGGGAACAGGAUAUCCUGCACUUUCCACCUUGCUUCGGAGUUGUGCAGAAAAACAUCAGCUUCUUUCCUUUUUUCAGAUACAUGGUCCACAAAGACUAUCCUGAAUGCAGAAUAACCUGAAAGGACCCAUUAUGGCUUGUGCUGUCGUGCAGUUUUUACUGAAAACCCAAAGCUUUAGGUUCCUGUGGACUCCCUUGACUGCAUCCUUCCGAUUCUCUAAAAAAGGCUACAGGGUAUUGGCCCCUCAGAAUUUUUUAAACUAUGAAUCCUUAAAACAACAGUACAAACCAGAGGUGCCAGAAUACUUCAAUUUUGCAACUGAUGUGCUGGACAAAUGGACUGAAAUGGAAAAGGAAGGAAAGAGGCCUACAAGGCUAGCCCUGUGGUGGGUAAACGAUAAAGGCAAUGAGGUGAGGUGGAACUUUGAGGAGCUUGGAUUCCACUCCAGAAAAGUGGCCAAUGUCCUCUCUGAUAUGUGUGGUCUGCAGAAAGGAGACAGAGUUAUGCUGAUUCUACCCCGGAUACCAGAAUGGUGGCUAAUAAAUGUGGCUUGUAUGCGAACAGGAACUGUCCUUAUUCCUGGGACAACACAGUUGACAGCAAAAGAUAUUCUCCAUAGAGUACAAACAUCAAAGGCAAAGUGUAUUAUCACUGAUCAUGUUUUGGCACCAGCUAUAGAUUGCAUUGUGUCCAAAUGCCAGUCUUUGAAAUUCAAGCUAAUUGUGUCAGAGGACCACCUGGAAGGAUGGCUGAACUUUAAAGACCUAUUUACAAACGCUAAUGCUGAUCACAGCUGUGUGACCACGAGGAAUCAAGAUCCAAUGACCAUCUUUUUUACCAGUGGAACAACAGGGUCCCCAAAAAUGACUGAACAUUCCCACAGUAGUUAUGGCAUUGGACAGACUGUAAAUGGAAGGUACUGGCUGGAUUUAACCUCCUCCGACGUACUCUGGAAUACAUCAGACACAGGCUGGGCAAAGUCAGCUUGGAGUAGCAUUUUUGCACCAUGGAUUCAGGGGGCAUGUGUGUUUAUACACAGCAUGCCACGUUUUGACCCAACCACUGUCCUAGAUACUCUAUCCAAAUUUCCCAUCACAACCUUCUGUUCUGCUCCAACUGCUUAUCGAAUGCUUGUGCAGCAUAAUCUGACCAGCUAUAAAUUCAAGAGCCUGCAGCACUGUGUGAGUGCAGGGGAGCCAAUCAACCCAGAAGUGAUGGAGCAGUGGAAAAAGCAAACCGGCCUGGAUAUCUAUGAAGGUUAUGGCCAGACAGAAACGGUGCUGGUUUGUGGAACUUUCAAGGGAAUGAAAAUUAAACCAGGUUCAAUGGGAAUGCCGUCUCCAGCAUAUGACGUCAAGAUUAUAGAUGAACACGGCAAUGUUCUGCCUCCUGGAGAAGAAGGAGAUAUCGCCAUCAAAGCAAGACCUACAAGACCUUUUUGUCUUUUCACUCGAUAUAUAGAUGAUCCAGAGAGAACUGACUCAACAUUACAAGGGAAUUUCUAUAUCACUGGGGACAGGGGGAUUGUAGAUGAAGAUGGAUACUUCUGGUUUGUUGGAAGAGCUGAUGAUGUCAUCAAUUCUGCUGGAUAUCGUAUUGGACCAUUUGAAGUCGAAAGUGCACUGAUAGAGCACCCAGCAGUAGUAGAAUCAGCUGUUGUCAGCAGCCCAGAUCCCAUCAGAGGAGAGGUAGUGAAAGCCUUUGUUGUUUUGGCAUCUGACUAUGUUUCACAUGAUCCAGAAAAACUGAUUAAAGAGAUACAGGACCAUGUUAAGAAGGUCACUGCCCCAUACAAGUAUCCUAGAAAGGUGGAGUUUGUUCAACAGCUGCCAAAGACAGUCAGUGGGAAGAUCAGAAGAAAUGAAUUGCGCAAGCAGGAGUGGGGAAAAGCUUAGAAUUAUCUAGUGUUUAUUUUUCAUAAUUUGUUCUUCCAAAAAUAUUAUAUAUUGCUGAUAUAUGGUGCAAUAUUUUGUUCUCUUGACCUAUUAUAAACGUUACAAAUUGAGAGCAUCAUCGUGCAUUGUAUGCACAACUAAAACUUUACUGACUUUAGUGAAAAUUUUGGCUAUGCAAGCAAUGCAGGGUUAGAUCCUAGGUGAGCUUUCCUUUCCCAUUUGUUCUAGGCAUAAAAAGUCUAAAAGCACUUUGUCAUAGAACAGGGGUCGGCAACCUUUCAGAAGUGGUGUGCCAAGUCUUCAUUUAUUCACUCUAAUUUAAGGUUUCACGUGCCAGUAAUAAGAAUCCAUGAGAUCCAUGCUGAGCUGCGCCCCUUCUUGGCCCUGUCUGCACCCCUCGCUGACCCAGGCUGGGGACAUAGGGCCACAGCUGGGGGCGGCUGCAGAGCCCCAGACCAGCGGCCAGAACCCCAGGCCAGCAGCAGAGCCCCCUAGACCAGUGGCCGGCACUGGCAGAGGGCUGAGCGGGGCCGGCGGAUGGAACCCCAGGCCAGCAGCGGAGCCCCCCGGACCAAUGGCUGGGACAUGGGCAGUGUGAGUGCCACUGAAAAUCAGCAUGCGUGCCAUAGGUUGCCUACCCCAUCAUAGAAUAACAAAACAAGGUUUUUUUUAACUAACUCCAAUUGUCUAGUUAUAAAAGCACACAGGAAAGAACAGUUUACAUAGUAGUAAGCCCCAAACCCAUCUGUUUCCAAAAGUCAAACCUUAGCACUACUAUGAACUAGCUAUUAACCAGAAAAGCAUGCUGGGGAAUAAACAUGCAAAAACAAAAACACCACUUUUUAUUUCUAUAGCAUCGUCCAACUCAAAGUGUUUAUUAAACACUGAAACUUGCUAUUCAAGAUAGUCCACAUUUCAAGACCAGGUCACUAAACAUGUUGUUAAGUUCUGACAGGAUGAACCAGGAUCCAUGAUUGCAUGCCUGGCCCAAAUAAACCCUACUCCUGUUUAAAAAUUACUACUGUAGUAGUGGUUGGAUAUAAGAAUUUAAUAGCAAAGUUCAUGUGUUCUUGUGCAUUUCAAUAUCCAAGAUGCUCUUCCAGCUUAGUUAUUCAACAGCGUUCACGUCCAAGCUCCUGGAGUAAACAAAUUGGAGUGUACUUGCUUACGUUCAGUUCCUCCUGUGUUGUGGGCAAUCAAGUGUGGUGCAAGGCUUUCCUCAGUUUAAGUGUUAAUAUAUUUAUAAAUGAAAAAUGUUGUAAAGAAAAUUAACCUGCAUAAGCAGUUUUCUGUAUCUGUUAGUUUUAAAUAAUAUACAUUCAAUGAGCAUCUCUACUCACUGCUUGCAUACUCCUGGUUCACAGCUCUAGGAUGUUUUUUGGUUAAUCCUUUCUACUACAGCCAUUUCUCUUUCUAUCAUAGAUUUUUUAAUGCACCCAUAACCCUGGUAAAUUGGUAAUCUAGGGCUUACGUAUACAUUUUCAAGUCAGUGACUUAUGCUUUUGCUUCUCAGCAUUCAUAUUUAUGUUCACAGCAAGCAGUGGUUGGAACGGAUAUGUAAAAAUAUUUUCCCUAAAAUUCCCUUUUAGGGUAGGAAAAUUUUCCCAAAAUUGAGUUUUCACUUAUGAUUAUCCUGGAAUAUAAGUAUUCAUUUAAUGAAAGUGGGUGGAUUUAUAAGGUAGUCUCUGUUAUUAAAUGAAGUACAGGUAUCUAAAUAUCUGCCUUGACACAACAUUUGACUGUCCCAUAUACUGUGGUAAUGAGCAUGGUGUGAGAAUAGAGAUAGACUGAUAGAAAAAUAAAUGUUACAUCAAUUGAAGGGUUAACAUUUUUGCUAUGGUACUUUUAAGUUUAUUUACUCAAAAUGUCACAGGAAUUUACAUUUAUCUUUAUUUCAUUUCAGUAAUAAAGACUGUAUAAAAUCAUUUUAAAAGCA